CAGGCGGCCCAGGAGCACGCACGGAACAUGGAGCGGCAGAUUCUGGAGUAUAGCAGCAGCAGACACAGAUGAUGCUACAGAUGCAACAACAGCAGCAGAUGAUGCAGCAGCAGCAGGCACAAAUGAGCUGGCUGAUGAGCCAGACGGCUCUGUCUUCUCCACCGGGGAGUAUUCCUGCUCCUCCACCUUACUCCAUGCCGUGGAUGCCGCCACCGCCCACUCAGAGCCCGGGGACACCUGUCACCGUGAACAACUUGAACAUCAUCCGGAGCAUGAACCGCGAUUAUGUGUCACAAGGCAAUGACGAUGAGGCGGGCGCAAGCAAUGGAGGAGGACAAGGUUGAUGGCAUGGUCUUCGUGCACUUUGUCGGAUUGUAUGCUUGUAAUGGAUUGUAAUAUUGGACAUUGCACUAUGGACUCUAUGUAACUUGUGUGGAUGG